UUCUGCUGCCGUGUGUUACGUGCACGUGACAAGCGAUUGACGGUUUCGCGAGUGUUUUUCGUCGAGAAACGACUUGGGCAUUGCUCUCGAGCUCGUUAGAACAUUUAAUUUAGUUUACCUCGCGCGUACUUUUUGCCUCACGAGACUUAACCGACACGUCGACCACUUGUCGGCGAUAACGAUGACGUAUCUGAGCUCGUGGGAGGAAUUCGAAAGGGGCGCCGAGAGGUUAUAUCUGCAGGAUCCGAUAAACACUCGGUAUACGAUGAAGUAUUGCCACAGUAAAGGGGUUUUGUGUCUAAAGUUAACGGACAAUCGACGGUGCCUCCAGUAUAAAACGGAAAUAGCUCAGGACUUGAAAAAAAUGGAAAAAUUCAUAGGCAAUCUCAUGAGACACAUGGCGUCGAAAGACAGUUAAAUGAGACUUGUGUAUGUAGAAAUAUGUUCCUCGUGAAGACUAAAGACGUACUGUUUUUAUUCAACAAGUUUUUUCUUCUCGUCUCACAUGAUCCAACGACUGCGGUCCACAGAUAUCAAUUUUAAUUAAGGUAAUGAACGUUAUCUUACAUGUACCAACAAGUGCAUAUAAAACUGUUUCAUUUUGUAUUAAAGUUUUACAAUUGUUUCGGGUGGCUCCGUUGCCUUCUCGUUAAAGUUCUGAAACAAUCCCAAAUUCAUCGUGUAAGUUAAAUCGAGCGACACCAAGGAUAUAAUAUAGAGAGAACUUUUCCAACGUUUAUAUAAUGUAUUAACUUUUUUGAUAUAUAUCCAAAGUUAUGUCCUUAAGUAUGUGAUGCAUAUUGUAUUAGAUAUUAAUAAAGCCAGGUAUAUACAAGUCAAA